CUCGCGUCACGAUCCACGGGCUCACCGGGACUUGCACGCUGCCUUUAUAAUCCGCUCUCGCCGCCGAACCCUAGCUCCUCUUGCCUUUCUGCCCGCCCACCCGUCUCCUCGCCUCGCCGUCUCGCCCCACGCCACCGCCGCAGCCGCUGCAAAGAUGCCGUUCAAGAGGUUCGUCGAGAUCGGGCGGGUGGCCCUGGUGAACUACGGCAAGGACUACGGCCGCCUCGUCGUCAUCGUUGACGUUGUCGACCAGAACCGGGCACUUGUGGAUGCUCCCGAUAUGGUCAGGUGCCAGAUGAACUUCAAGCGUCUUUCGCUGACCGACAUCAAGAUUGACAUCAAGCGUAUCCCUAAGAAGGCCACUUUGAUCAAGGCCAUGGAGGAAGCUGAUGUGAAAACCAAAUGGGAGAACAGCUCAUGGGGUAAGAAGCUUGUUGUCCAGAAGAGAAGAGCAUCGCUGAAUGACUUUGACAGGUUCAAGGUCAUGUUGGCUAAGAUUAAGAGGGGUGGUGCUAUCAGGCAAGAGCUUGCCAAGCUCAAGAAGGAGGUUGCUGCUUAGAAUAUCUUAGUGGAUGACAUGUUGAGUUUUUUGUUCCAAGUUGGAUCUGCUCUAUGUUCCAGUGUUCUUGAAGCCAGAAUUAGUACAACUGUUUUCAGCGAACUAUUUCAUAUUUUGUCAUGGUUGUUAUUGAAUACCCAAGCUAGUUUGCUACA